AAUACAGAAAGUAAGCUGCUAUCAUUUUGGUCUUAAAUGGGGCUGGGCGCUUGGCUGUAGGUUAGGACCUUUAGACUAACUGGUGGCAACCAGAGUGGCGGUAGCGUUUUCCGAGUUGAAUUUUCUAAUUUGUUAAGAAAUAAACCACCUUUAGUAGUUAGAAUAUCGUCAGAAUAUGCCGACUGACUUUUACAUUCGUUACUACGUCGGCCACAAAGGUAAAUUUGGCCAUGAAUUUUUAGAGUUUGAAUUCAGACCUGAUGGUAAAUUGAGAUAUGCCAAUAACUCGAACUACAAAAAUGACACAAUGAUCCGCAAAGAAGCCUAUGUGCACCAAUGUGUUAUGGAAGAAUUGAAAAGAAUCAUCACAGACUCUGAAAUAAUGCAAGAAGAUGACUCUCUGUGGCCUCAACCUGACAGAGUUGGUCGCCAAGAGCUAGAAAUUGUUAUUGGUGAUGAGCACAUAUCUUUCACAACUUCAAAGACAGGUUCGUUGCUAGAUGUCAAUCAAUCAAGGGAUCCUGAAGGACUUAGAUGCUUCUAUUACUUGGUUCAAGAUUUGAAAUGUCUUGUAUUUUCUUUGAUUGGGCUUCAUUUCAAGAUCAAGCCUAUAUAAUUAUCUAAUCUAGGUCUAAUGAUAAUUCUUACUUUUCAGUAUAUGUAAUAAAUUUAAGUUGUGAAAUACAUUAAAUUCAUUUUUCCAAUGAAAUUCAUUUAUGUUUUAUGCAUUUUCAUAAUUUCUUUCUAUUUUCACUUAUAUAAACGUUAUAGUUUUUUAAAUUUAUAUUUAUAUUUAUUCAUUUUAUUUAAAAUUUGAGAAUAGAUUUCUUGUAUUUUUG